AUGAAAGAAUUGUUCACAGAAAAUUCCUUCACUACCAACAGGCACAGGAAGGAAGAAAUGCUUUUGAAAUUUAUUAAGCAAACAGUUUUCCUCUUUAUGACUGUGUUUGGCACUCUGGGGAAUAUUUCUGUUUCUGUCAAUUAUAUGUUCAGUUGGUUUGGAGGUCCUGAUAAGAAACCUGUGCACCUUAUUCUCAUCCACUUGGCUUUCACAAACAUCAUAAUGCUCCUUGCAAAAGGGUUGCCAAAGACAAUGGCAGCUUUUGGCUUGAGAAACUUCCUAGAUGACAUAGAAUGUAAGAUCAUCGUUUACCUGCAGAGGGUUUCCCGUGGGGUCUCCAUCUGUACCAGCAGUCUCCUCACUGUGGUCCAGGCCAUCAUCAUCAGUCCCAGAGCAUCUGGAUGGAGGAGGCUUAGACCAAAGUCUGUAUGGCACAUACUCCUAUUCUUUUCUUUCUUUUGGAUACUCAACGCUUUAAUAGGUAUGAACCUGAUCCAUUCCAUCACAAAGACAAGCCUGAAUAUAUCACAGUUUAAGAAUGAUGAUAACUAUUGUUCCUUAAUGCUUGAAAAUCAGAAGAUUAAGUGGAUUGUUCUCCCUUUCAUGGUCCUGAGAGAUGCUGUGUUUCAGGGAGCCAUGGGAGCGGCCAGUGGCUACAUGGUACUUCUUCUCCACAAGCACCACCAGCAUGUCCUCCACCUCCAGAACUCCAGGCUUCUCUACAGAACUCCCCGAGCUGAGAGCUGCUCAGAGUGUCCUCCUUCUGAUGCUCUGUUUUGUUUUCUUCUAUUGGACGGACUGUGCUUUUUCUCUAUUUUUAAGUCUCUCUUUAGCAAAGAUACCCUUGAUAGGAAAUAUUCAAGAAUUUACAACCCUUGGUUAUGCAACUUUUAG